UAAACAUCUCAGGCCUUAUUAUUAUUAGUGGUGGUUGUUUUAUUUUGACAGGACAGGUGCAAAGCUUCUGAGGACUCAAAGAAAACCUGGAAGUGGAUGCAGACUGAGAGCCUCAGCAACUUGUUUAUAAGGAAGUGAGCGCCGUGAAACUGCAGCAGAGGAAAGUGCCUCGACCGUCAGACAGCAUGAGAGUCCUUGUCCUGUUUGCGUGCCUGUCAGUGGGCUGCCUAGCUCAGAGACCAAAGCCAUGCACAUCCCCAGCACUGCUGACUGGGAGCCUCUCUGUGUCUACCCAAAAUGAGAAGCUGAUGGCCUAUGCCAAAUACACCUAUGACGCACUGGGAAUGCGCAUCCGCCUCAAAGAGUUUGGAUCUUAUAAGAAUAAGACCUUCCACAUUGAUGUACUUCUACUCUACAAACAGGGUGUCAUGUUUAAGAUUAACAACAAAGACCAAACAUGUUGCAAGAAGUCACUGAGUGCAGACUUCCAUCCGCUGGCGAUCCCACAGACUGCUUCCCUGCUGGGACAGAUUGUGAUAGGCAGCUCCUCCGGACCCGGACAGGGAGUCUUGGUCAACUCCUGGGGGGGAGAGCUGCAAAUGAAGAACAAAACAGCAAAGUACAUGAGCACCGUCACAGAGAUUGGAUGCAUCCCUGUCACCACUCUGUUUCAUACCUGUAAAAGUGGAUGGAUGGUGACCAGCUUUUUCAACAAUGUCAUCGGAAUAGCGGACCCUCAACAGCUCAUCCCUCCACAUUUCUGUGAGAGCGCCACGCUGGACGAAGAGGUUGAUGAUGAGCCAGUGACCUUCUUCAACUUAUUUUAAAAUAUUUUCAGGAAUAUAGUGCACUUUGAUGAUGACUAUUGUAAUAU